AUGAAUAGCGCUGUCACUUGUUCAUUACUGAAACGAUCAGUAUUGAAUAUAUACUCAAGGUUACAACCUGUCACUUAUCAAACAUCAUCAUACUCGACUACUGGUGGUGGACAUCAUGCACAUGGUAGAUCACCUCAGUUACCGCCCAAGUUAACAAUCGAUGGAGUCAAACAUAUAGUGGCAGUGUCUUCUGCUAAAGGUGGAGUGGGCAAGUCUACAAUGGCAGUCAAUCUUGCAUUGGCAUUGUCAUCAUUGGACAAGAUGAACUUGUCCGUCGGCAUACUGGAUGCUGAUGUGUUUGGACCUUCACUGCCCAUAAUGAUGAACCUCAACAAUAUGAAGCCAUCAGUCGACGAGCAGACCACUCGUAUGAUCCCUCUACAAAACUAUGGAGUCAAGUGCAUGUCAAUGGGCUUCCUGGUCGAGCCGGAAGACGCAAUUGUCUGGCGUGGCCCAAUGGUCAUGUCGGGACUCGAGAGACUCCUCCGACAGACUCAAUGGGGUAGUCUAGAUGUGCUGAUCGUUGAUCUUCCUCCCGGCACAGGAGAUGCAAUCCUCACAAUGUGUCAACGAGUGCCUCUCUCUGGUGCAGUCAUUGUCUCAACGCCACAAGAUGUAGCCUUGGCCGAUGUUAUCCGUGGUGUAAAGAUGUUCAAACAAGUCGAUGUACCUAUACUUGGAGUCGUGGAGAAUAUGAGCUACUUUGAAUGUACAAACUGCAAUCAUAAGACACAUAUCUUUGGCAAUGGCGGAGCAAAGAAGACAGCGGAGAGUUUGGGUAUAAAGGUGUUGGGGGAGGUGCCACUGAGUAUUGAGAUAAGAGAACUCUCUGAUUCUGGCAAACCUAUAACAGUUCAAUCACCAGACUCUGUCCAGGCCCAGAACUACAAGUCAAUAGCCAGGAAUCUUUUGGAACAACUUUAUCAUCAAUCAAAGAAGAAGACGACACCCACUAUCACUUUUGACGACUGA